ACUGUACUGACUACUGUUUACUCGACUCAUUUUAAUAAAACACAAUCUUGUUGACAUUUGACUUAUAUGAGUCGCGAUUUCAAAACAUUAUGUUGUGUUAUACAGUUCUAACGCUGCGAAUAACGUUAAUUCAGUACGCGUGCAACAGUCUUCCUUACUUUACGUCAUUUUUUCCUUAAUAUUCUAUACUUAACAUUAAUGAAAAAUAUAUUUAAAGCUAUCUUAUUUAAAGAAAACAUAUGCAAGAUCUUAUAACGCGGAGUAAGGAAACUCAUUUGUAUUUUAGAUUUACAAAUGGAACAUAACAAUUAUGAACAGUCAGGUGUCCGUGUUUACACAUUUGUUGAUGAUACUGAAAAACAAAACUCUAUAUGGUGGCAUAAACUGUGUUUGCGAUGCCACCAACCUGACUCGACCCCAUCUUGGCGACCGUCAUGGUGGCAAAGGAUAUUUCCGUUUCCACUUUUCCCUACGUACCGACAAUCAGCACAACAACUCUGUAUUUUACUUUUCUUCUUACUUGUAUGGGGUAUCGCGUACGUAGAAAUUGGAGAAGCAGUAACUCUAGAUGGAGAACUGUUUAGCAUGACUAUCCUAGUCAUUGCCGCGUACUUAAUGGGCUGGUUGUGGUUGAAGGUGACCACAUUACCUGCGCUCAUUGCCAUGCUGCUCACCGGCAUACUGUUCCAAAACCUCCACUUAGUGCACAUGACGGAUAAAUAUAGGAAACUUAAUCAAGAUCUGAGAAAAGUAGCGCUAGUUAUUAUACUAAUGAGAGCGGGCUUGGGACUCGACGCAAAGGUUUUAAAGAAGCAUUACACCGCGGUACUGCAGCUGGGCCUGUUGCCGUGGAUAGUUGAAUGCGUCGCUAUAUGCGUGUCAUCGCAUUUCUUUCUAUCACUGCCAUGGAUAUGGGGUUUUUUACUAGGAUCUAUGAUAGCGUCAGUAUCACCGGCCGUAGUAGUGCCGUGUCUGUUUCGUCUUCGCGACUCCGGCUAUGGGGUCGCUAAGGGCAUACCCACACUGUUGCUCGCCGCCGCAGCGAUCGACGAUUCAAUAAGUGUGGCCGUGUUCGCUAUUAUAUUGAACGCUAUGUUCUCAACGGGCUCGGUUACUUACAAUAUUAUCGUGGGACCAUUAUCAAUUUUAGCGGGCAUAGGACUUGGAUCUCUUUGGGGGACUAUAGCUUCAGUUAUUCCAGAGAAAGGAGAUACAUAUGUGGUGCCGUUGCGAUUUUUGAUUUUAUUUUUGGGAGGCUUAUUCUCACUAUUUAUAUCUAAUUUAAUUGGAUGGAGUGGUGCAGGCCCUUUGGCAAUCGUGUCUUCGGGAUUUGUAGCAGCAUUUUUUUGGGAAAGGCAAGGAUGGGUUGUAAAUAAGAACCCUGUCAGUAAUAUCUUCAGAAUCUUAUGGAUAUUCUUCGAGCCAAUACUUUUUGCAUUUACAGGAGCACAAAUUACGAUUAGCUCGUUAGAUCCUGAAGUUAUAAAAAUGGGUGCAAUUUGCUUAGUGUCAUGCUUAAUACUACGUAUGAUUGCCACUUUUCUGGUUAGUUUUGGGUGUGGACUGAACAAGAGAGAGAAGCUAUUUAUUGGAGUUACGUGGUUAGCAAAAGCCACGGUCCAGGCAGCCUUGGGUCCGGCAGCGUUGGAUUUAGUAAGAAAUAGGCAAACUUCUGGAUUGUCGCCUAUUGAUGAAGAGAAAUACGCUAAAACAAUUCUUGCUAUGAGUGUUCUUAGCGUAGUUUUGUCUGCACCAUUAGGCGCGAUACUUAUUGCUAUAACUGGACCGAAACUAUUAAGUCGAGAACCCGAAUCAAAAGCUCUUGAGCGUAAUGACGGAAAUGUAGAAAGUGCGAGACCUGCCGCAAUAACGCCAUUGUGAGACUAAUAAACGUCAAGAAAAUGUGGUUAAGAAAACGUACCACUUGCACUAACGUACUUAAUAUUAUAAUGAAUUGAUAAUUUUAUAUAUUUUGGAUAUUAACUGAUCUAAAAUGUGAUACCAGUGUACAUUUUACAGCUCAGCUUAACUGUGUAUGUAAUGUAAUGUAAUCUACAUUGGUAUUGUUAUUUCAUAAGUUUUAUAUGUAUGUUAAAAUUGUUACAAAA